AUGAUUUGUUGGGGCGAACUAAACAGUUGCGCCAUCUUCAUCGAUCAGGUGACCUCAGAUCGAUGCGACUGUCUGCGUGAUAAAUGCAUUCGCGACUAUGCGCCGGAGAAGAGGAUAAUGGUGAGACGGUAUCACCUUAACCAUGUGAUCGAUCAUGCGCAUGGCCAGCUGGAAACGCAGCUCAUGGAACUCGAUAGCAUCCUGAGUAUCAGGACCAUUCCCCAUGAUAUCCAAUACGAUGCACAGAAUAAACAGGCCAUGGAUCGCAUGGCUCAACGUCUCAUUGAGCUGGGCUUCGAUGUGGAGCUUGUGGAUGUGGCGGCCAAGGAAGAGGGUAAGCCAGCGCACUAUAUGAUCUUUGCCGACUACUUCUCGACGCCCGCUAAGAAUGUGAUGCUCAUCUAUGGCCACAUCGAUGUGUUGCCUGUACCAGAAUCCGAUCCUUGGCUGUAUCCGCCUUUUACGCUCACCCAGAAGAACGAGAAACUCUAUGGCCGUGGCUUGACCAACUCCAAGGGUCCGCUCAUGUGUUGGAUUCAGGCGAUCGAUGCGUGGAUGACGCAGACCAAUGAUUUGCCCGUCAACAUCAAGUUCAUCAUCGACGGCAACAGCAACGUGAGCCUGCGAUUGUUGCGAGACGUGUUCGAGAAGCGCAAAAACUUUUUCCAGCCCGUCGAUUUGCUGGUGAGCAGCACCAAUCUCUGGAUAGCCGAGAAUGUGCCCAUGCUCACCACUUGCCACAGCGGCUACGUGGAGUUCGAGCUGGAGGUGCAAUCCCAGCCGCCGCCAAAGGAGGCCAAGGACAAGUGUCCGCCACCACAAUGCGAAUGUGGCUUGCAACGCGAUCCCAUGUCGGAUCUAUGUCUGCUGCUGAACACACUGACGGACACUAAGCAGGGCAUCCUGGUGAAGGGAUUGCACCGACAUCUAUUGCCCGUCACGCAACAAGAUUGGGAUAUCUUCUGUCAGGUGGAGUUGGGCAUACAGGAGUACAAACGACGCACGGGAGCAACAACUUUGCCGCACGAACAAUCACAUCCCGAGUUUCUCAAACAUCGCUGGUGCAUGCCCAGCUUAACGUUGCAUUCGGUGAAAUGUCCACACAAGGUGAGCACGCAGAACUUCCGAAUACCCAAACAAGUUUCGGCGCGGUUCUCAGUAAAAUUAGUGCCGAAUCAAAGUUUUCGCUAUGUGAAAUUUGCCGUGAAGGAUCAUCUGGAUCAGCAUUACAAUCGUUUAAAGUGUAAGAACCCAACGUAUUUGCGGGUCCUCGAUCAGCUGGCGCCCUCUAAGCAACCACGGAACGCCACCUUCAAUGUGGCCGCCAUUCGCGCCUACAAAAGCACCUACAAUGUGACUGCAGCGAUUCCCGAUACCGUCAACGUUUGCAUGCCCAUCAUCAAUGAGUUGCGUCGGAAUUGCAUGAAGCACACCCAGGUGGUGGGUUUGCCCUUCUGCUCGAUGCACAUGUUGCCGCAUCAGGUGAACGAGAGCUGCAGCAUAGAAGAAUAUCAGCGAAAUAUCGAAUUAUUCGCUACAUACCUCUAUGAGAUAGCUCACGUUCCCGCCGAAUGCAAGUGCACGGAUAUUCCUGAUUUCUGCUUCACGAAGGGCAAGGCCACGGAGACGGACUUUAUACGCACGCUAGAGCCGAGGGAUAACAACACCCAUGUGCUCUACGAAAUCGGUGAAAUGGAGAUCGAUCGUACUGCUAAUGUCGAUUCAGUGUUACCCAAUGUCAAGCAGAUUCUGUUGGGCAAAGAUACUUCUGCACAAUCUUUAGUCUGA